CCUUCGGUUAAUAUCUGUCUCAUUCAUAGCAUUAUGCUAUACCAGUUUCCGUUUUGCGAUCAUGGAUUGCUGUAAGAGUACUGUUUCUGAAAGAAGAUAGUUUCGUCAAGAUAUUAAUUAUUUUUUGUAUUAACGCUGAUAUUCCUUUUUGUUCUUUACAGGAUAGUUCCUUUUGAUAAAUGGACAAACAUAUUAGUGUAUAAUGGAAGGUCCAUUGGAAAUAAAGGAUUCUGCUGCAGGUGCAGAAGAACCUAUUAAAUCAGAAGCACCUGUACAAAAUCCAGAUAAUAGUGAUCGUAGUGAUGGUGCAGUUUCACCUCCGCCAAAUUGUAGCAUUUGUUUAGGCAAAUUAGUGAAUACAUCAUUUACUGAUAGUUGUCUUCAUCAAUUUUGCUUUACUUGUUUGCUUCAAUGGUCUAAAAUAAAAACAGAAUGUCCAUUGUGUAAACAGACAUUUAAGUCAAUUAUACACAAUGUUAGAUCAGAAGAAGAUUAUGAUCAAUAUCAUGUACCCAGAGAAUUGGCUACUUUGGAUCUUAAUUUUGAAUUGGGUCAUACUAUGGAUACUGGCACUCAUCGUUUUCAUUAUAGGACAACUAUGACAGGACAUCAUAGACGUCCACAUGAAGUAGUACUUAAUCCAGACCAGGUUGCAAGAAGAGAGCAAUUACCAAGUAUAGUACCACAAGUCUCAAUGUUAGAGCGUUUACGCAGACGUGUAAAUCCAGCCGAUUAUCGUCGUAAUAUUUAUAGGCUUGGAAUUUGGGCUACUGCAUUACCGGAUGUAUUUGGUCGUUUUCGUGAAUGUAGUGCCGAUUAUUAUCGGAGAGAACCAAGAGAAUUAAAUCGACUUAUACCAUGGUUAAAUAGAGAGUUGCAAGUAUUACUUAAUAACAAUGCUUCUCAUGUUGCAUAUGUAUUAAGAGUCAUAUUGGAUGCUCUUAGUCAGUAUGAUAUUAGAAGUCCAGAAUUUCGAGAUUUAGUACGGCCUCAUUUUAGCACAUUUACAGAUCAUUUUGUUCAUGAAUUGCUUAAUUAUGCACGAACUAAUUUUGAUUUAGUUGGUUAUGAUCAAUCUGUGACUUAUUUGCCACAAGGCUUAUCAAAUGAAUAUGUAUCAAGUGUUUUGUCACCUGCACCUAGUAGUGCUAGCACUAGUUCUGACGAUUCAGAUGUUCGAGUUUUAGAUGAAGCAAUUGAUCUUAGAAUGAAUACAGAAAUGCCUAAUGUAGGACCACAUACAAUCAAUAUGCCUGGUCCAAGUACUGUAGGGCAGACUUUUCAAUUAGAAAUUCCAUACAAUGUACCAAACGUAUUAACUAUUUCUUCUGAUUCUUCUUCAUCGGAUAAUGAUUGUGAAGUAAUCGGUUAUGUGAAACCACGUCAUGAAAGAACACCAGAAAUCAUAGAAUUACUUUCAUCUGAUCCUGAAGAAAUAAAUAUUUCUUAUAUACCAAAUGAUAAUGCAGAAGCUACAGCACCUACUUCGUAUGAAGAUAUUGCUCAACCUAGUACAUCUCAUAAUAUUAAUAAAAGAGAAUUAACAUCCUCAUCUAAUGAAAGUAAUUCCGAUUCAGAUAGUGAUUACAUUGAUACUUUUCGAAGAAGUAGAAAGUAUCAAAAUCGUACUAGAAAACAUACGAAAAGAAGUAUAACCAAUAAAAGGCGCAAUCGAUCAAUAGAAUCGAGAGUUCGUAAUCGAACAAGUAGAAAUUUAUCUAGUUCCGGAGAAAGUGAAUCUAGAAAAAAAGGAACCAAAAGAAACACUCAACGAACAACAAAAAGAAGAUUAAGUACUAGUAGUGACAGUAGUUCUCAUGAAACACAAUCAAAACCAAUGGAUGAAAAAAAAUUUGUUUAUUAUACACCACAGCAUUCCGCAAAAGUUACUGUGCGUGUUCGUAAGGAUUUAAUUAAAAAAGAAACCCGAUACUCGGAUGAUGAAUCAUUCAGUAGCAAUAGUAGUACUGAAUCAGAUGAUGUUAAAAAUGUAAAAUCUCAUACAUUACGAAAGUCGAAAAGGAAAUAUACUACUAGUUCGAGUGAUUUUGAUGGCAGAAGUGAGAGAAUAAUUAAAACAAGGGGUAAAACAAGGCAAAUACCAGAUAGAAAAGAGUCUCAUCGAAAAGAAUUAAGAUACAAAAAUGAUCGACAAUCUUUAUCUAGAAGUAGCAGUGCAUCUUCUUAUGCAUCUCAAAAAGUAAUGAGAGAUAAUUCUAGGCGACGAGAAUCCCAACGAGAUUUGAGUGAUGAUGAUAAAAAUUGGAUAACUAGAGAUGUUUCAAGAAAAAGUCGUGAAUUAAAAUCUAAAACGAGAGACGUAACAUUAAGUAGUUCAGAUUUCGACGAAGAUUAUAGAUCGCAUAGUCAAUGCAGUAAUUAUUCAGCUAAGUCGUAUACAUAUAAAAAGAAAUCAAAGCAUAAGGAUAAGCAUAAAAAUAAAAAAAGGAAACGAUCUAGCAGUAGAUCACGUAAUUCAUCUAAUCGAUCACGAUUAACUCGACGGCAUCCUGCUUAAAAUUGAAAUAUGCAACAUUGAAACAUUCCGAUUUAAAAAAUUAUUUGAUUUAAAUUAAUAAAUGUGUGCAACUCCUAGAAAAUUUGCAAGGGGUUACAUAAGAUCUCAGGGUAACACCAAAUCAAAAUCAAUGAAAAUAAUAAUGCAUUUGUUCAUUAAUUAGCUUGAAUUUAGAAAGAUAUUACAAUUCUAAUUGAAAUUAUUUGAUGAAAUUUAUCAUGUGAUUAGAAAUUUAUUGUUAUUAUUAUAAUUUUUUUUAAACAAUCAUGUGUGCAUAAAAUACAACGAUAAAGCAUGGUGAAGUCAUGUUAAUUUUAAUGAUUUAUUAUCAAUAUUUCUUUCUAAUUAUAAGAAAAUGAAUAUAAUAUUUAGAAACAUAUUAACAUUAUAUAAAAUAUUAAUAAUUAUUUCAUUUCUUUA